AUGAGCGGCAAGUACAACUCGAUAUUCAAGGAGGGAAUUCUAAAUGGCAAGAUUAUUAUCGUAACUGGUGGAGGAACAGGUCUAGGACGAACUCUCACGCAUGAGCUUGUAUCAUUGGGAGCUGUGGUCCUAAUCUCUGGUCGACGUGAGGCCAAACUUAAGGAGGUUGCUGAAGAAAUAAAAACGAUUUACGGGCCAAACAAAUGCCACUAUGCCAUCAUGAACAUUCGUGAUGAAAAGCAAGUCAGAGAAGUAAUGCAGGGUUGGGUCAAAAAAUUCGGCUAUAUCAGCGCACUCGUAAACAAUGCUGGAGGCCAGUUUGCAUCGCCAGCCGAGAAUUUGCCUACUAAUGGAUGGAAGGCUGUAAUUGAUUUGAAUCUGAACGGUACCUUCCACGUCACGAAGGCCGCUUUUGAUUUUUACUUGAAGGAGCACGGAGGUGCUAUCGUCAAUGUUAUUUUGGACGUACGAAAUGGAAAAGUGGGAACAGUACAUUCAGCGGCCUCGAGAUCUGGUAUUAUCGCCAUGACGAAGAGUCUCUGUUUGGAAUGGGCCAAGUACGGAAUCAGGAUUAACGAUGUUGUGCCUUCAAAGAUGAUUGGUUCUGGAAUAGCAGGAUACCCAGAAGCAGUUUGGAAGAGAAGAGUGGAGCAGAGCUGGCGCAACCCUGCAGGACGAAUGUCGACUGAAAGUGAAUGUGCCAACGCAAUAACGUUUUUGCUAACACCUGGCGCAGCCUACGUCAGUGGUGUUAUCGUUCCGGUAACUGCUGGUGGGGAUUUGAGAAAUGGGGACAGUGAUGACGGUCUGUUCCCAAAGGAAUCAAAGUUUCCUGUCUACCUUGGCUUUGAAGAAGAGACAUUCAUGGAGACUCUCGAAACGCCAGAAGUCUUUAGAGAUUUAAUGAAGACGUAUUUGAAAGGUGGAAAGUUAUAA